AUGAAAUCUCUGCGGCUCAUAAGUCUCCUCGUGGGUUUGGCCUUCGCCGCGCCGACUGAGGUUACCCCAAGGAAUAUCUCAUCGACGCAAAGAGUUGUGUUACCCGGUGAAACUAUCGGAACCGACAUCGACCCGUCGAUCAUCGGCAAGCCUAUUCUGCAGAUAGUAGGCGAUGAUGGGGCCUCGCUCGAACGACGCGGCAUGUCAGACGGCGCACGCGAGGCUAUCUCUGCCCUCGAUCCCUCCACCAAAACCACACCAAGUGGCAGUAACAAAGCUGACUUCAGCCAAGGCGGCCCCCGUCCGCCUUUGGUCGUCUUCGCGGAGGGUUUAACUCCUCGCGGUGCGGAUCUUGGUCUGCGUCAACACCUGAGCUUCGCUGGCGGCCCCAGGCACGAUACCGUGUCGGGUGGGAAGGAGGGGCAGGUGAAAAAGAUUUCCAAUGGAAAGGAACAAAUUGGCGGAGGCCCUAAAGUUGGUGACAAGAAGAAUUCCCGAUUCGGCACAAAGAUCCGGGAAAAUAAGUUUCUACGAUUCAUUUCCGAGGCCAGCCCCGAGGCGUUUCGGCCGCUCGCCGAUGCCAUAAAGGGGGGCUCCAUCUCCGUUCAGGAUUGCGAGCUUGCAUUCAAGCGCUCGCUGUCAAAAACGAUAGAAAAGCGGUACGCCGAGUUUGGGAGCUUCAACAAAGCGGCCGACUCACUCAAGAACAUUAUCGUGGAUAUUUCCAAGUCCGCGCGCUUCGGCACGCCUAUUGGAUUCUGGGAGGAUGUAAUCAAGGAGCUUCCAGCAAUUGCCAAGGAGGUCAGCAAGGGUAAAACGCCCACGGAGAAGCUGGAAAUCGCCAACAGAGACAUCCACCCGGUCGUCAAAGCAUGGUCGUACACGCCUAUUGGCGCACUCAACGAGUUUCUCAUGCAGGAAGCGGCGAACAAGACGCCAAUUGUGCAGGGCACAGCGGUGGCAAUCAACAAACUCUGGUCGUACACUCCAUUUGGUUGGUUCAUCAAUAGGGUGUUUCCAGUAGAGCCGUUGAUUCGACAGAGUAACGUCUAA